AUGGAUUUUGAAAAUGCUGGUAAUGAAAAUAAUCAAAAUCAAUUAUCUCAUCGACAACAACAUCAUCAUCAUCAUUCUCAAAUGAAUGCAAAUUCAGCAUUACCAUUAGUUCGUUUUUUAAAUUGUUUAGAAAAAGCAGCUGUUGGAAUUGUUUAUUAUGUUGAUUGUACGGUUAAAGAUGAACUUAUUUGUCGAAAAGAAGCUAAAUUAAUGCAAUAUAAAAAUAUUGUUGAACAAAUUCUUCUUAAUCCAAAAGAAUAUCAUGAAGUAACAUUACAAUUAAGUGCAACAAAAUGUUUAUGUAAAUUUAUGUUAUUAUCACUUGAAUUAUGCGAAACACAUGCAAAAAUGUUAUUUGAUUUAUUAAAAAAUUCAACAUUCGAAAGUGUUCGUGUUGCUAUUAUGGUUUUAAUGAACGGUUUUUAUUUAAAAUAUCCAUUAGCAUUUGCUGCUUAUUCAGAUGAUGUUUAUGGUUGUUUACGUGAUCGAUCAGAUAAUGUACGUUUAGCAGCAUUAAAAACAAUUUCAAAUUUAAUUCUCAAAGAAAUGGUUAAACCAAACGGUCAAAUAAGUGAAAUAGCAUUUUGUAUUAUUGAUAAACAUACUCAACUAGCUACAUUAGCUACAUCAUUUUUUAGUGAAUUAGCUAAACGACAACAUGGUGAAACAUUAUUUAAUAUUUUACCAGAUAUAUUUUCAAAUUUAGUUGGCGUUAAAUUAGAUGAGCAACGUCAAUUAAAUGAAGAAGAUUUUAAAUCUGUUAUCGACUUUUUAUUUAAAUAUAUUUUUGAUGAUCCUCGUGCAUGUCGUGAUCUUGCUUAUAUCAUGUCAAAAUUAACAUUUAAUGAACAAUCAUUAAAAGGUCUACUUCAUCAUUAUGAUAAUUAUCGAGAUAAAUUAUUUGAUAAUGAUGUUUAUCAAUCAUUUUUAACGAUUCUUGAUAAUGCAAAAAAGAAUUUAGGAGCUAAACCUGAUUUAAAAGUUCUAAUUGAUGCAUUAUCGACUAGUAUCAAUAAAGAAAGAUCACCAAAUGGAAUUUUAAUUGCUGUACAACAAGCACAACAAAAAACAAAACAACAACCAAAAGGUAAAAAAAUUAAAACUAAAAAAGAACUAACGAUGAAAGUCCUUCAAUUUGUGGGGCAGACCUUUUUUGGUAUCCGUUCCGAUCACAGUCUAGAAAAAACUAUUCCAGAGUUUAUUCAUAUCACAUAAAAAAAAAUUUCUUUAGUCCUUAUUUUUUGAUUUAGUCGAUGACUGGCACUUUUUCAGUCAUCUCUUUUGAAUUAUGUUCUAAUUGAUGAUUUAUAAGAUACUUUGCUUAAA